AUGAACGAAGCUCCCAUACUUAGAAAAACAUCUCAAAUCUUUGGAGAGAAAUCGAAGAGUUUCUGCUUGUUCCCGAGGCGUGAUAAUGCCUAUAAUAUCAAAACCUUCAUUCCUUUGCUCAUAUCUUCGUUUCUCCAAAAAAGGUUUAGCUUUCAUUGUUUAUUGAUCCGCCGCCGUGCUCCUCUUCUGCCGUCGAUUUUAUAUGAAUUUUCCGGCGAUUGUUUGAAGAAUCCGGUCAAUCUUCAAGUUGUUCUUCGACUUGUUCUGGAGGAAACCCGGAUCGUUAGUUGGUUUGAGGGUUUAGUAUCCGAGAUCGAUCCGUUUCUCUGUCUAGAUCCUCAAACAAAUUUGGUCAUGUUGUUUCAGAGUUCGAAUGAAUCCUUUGCUCCUAGCGGUUCAUCACCUUCAAGCGAGCCGAUCCACGCCGAUUCGUUCAACUCAUCGAUUGACGCCGACACAACUUCUUCAUCUCUAGGGGCGGUGAGCCGCUUAUCAUUUCCCAUUCUAGAAGCGGCGAGCCGCUCGUCUUCUCCUGAUUUGGAAGCGGCGAGCCGGUUACACCUUCAUCUCCUCCAGUGUUUCGGUGGAUCCGACAAUGACGAGUCGUUGGAAGAAGAACAUUCCCUUGGUUUUGGCAACAAUCCUUCGCAUCUUGGGAGGAAAAUUGUGCUCUCUCCUGAUUUCCAUGAAGCAGGUAGUGGCACCACAAAUCCCUUCGAAAUUGGAGUCCCUUCGCUAAUUGACGAGUCCUUGGAUAUAACGGCUAACCCCUUCGAAGAAAUAAAAGCGGAAGAAAUAAGUGGAAAUUCGAUCCGCUCUUCGAGAAGCACCGAUUAG